GUCGAGGUGGGGGUGCUGCGGGUCUGUUGAUCCGGCAACUCCCUGGGAGGCUAACAGAGGUGGACAGGCAGCUGCUGGGAACUGAGCAACGCCGAGCUGCCGGCAGCCCCAGCGGGUCUGUGAAGGAGGCCGGUGGUCCAGAGGGCGCCAGUCAGCUUUAAGAAAAAGUAGAAGUCACUUCUGAGUGUACUGAAUAUAGCAAAAAUUAAGUGACUUCCUACACUGCAAAUUAUGGCACUGCCGUUCCGGAAGGACUUAGAAAAGUACAAGGACCUUGAUGAAGAUGAGCUACUUGGCAAUCUUUCAGAAACAGAACUGAAACAACUGGAAACUGUUCUCGAUGAUCUUGACCCUGAGAAUGCCCUUCUGCCUGCAGGAUUCCGACAGAAGAACCAGACGUCAAAGUCCACCACGGGGCCAUUUGAUAGAGAACACCUCCUUUCAUAUCUAGAGAAGGAAGCAUUGGAGCAUAAGGACAGGGAAGACUAUGUGCCCUACACUGGAGAAAAAAAAGGGAAAAUAUUUAUCCCUAAACAGAAACCUGUACAGACUUUAACAGAAGAAAAAGUAUCUCUUGAUCCAGAAUUAGAAGAAGCUUUGACGAGUGCUUCUGAUACAGAAUUGUGUGAUCUUGCAGCUAUUCUUGGGAUGCACAAUUUGAUAACGAAUACACAGUUCUGUAAUAUAGUGGGAAGUAGUAAUGGUGUCGACCAAAAACAGUUUUCAAAUGUGGUAAAAGGUGAAAAGAUUCUCCCAGUAUUUGAUGAACCACCAAAUCCAACUAAUGUUGAAGAGAGUUUAAAGAGAAUGAAGGAAAAUGAUGCUCGUCUUGUUGAGGUUAAUUUGAAUAAUAUAAAGAAUAUCCCAAUUCCCACCCUAAAAGAUUUUGCCAAGGCUUUGGAAACCAACACCCAUGUGAAAUAUUUCAGUCUUGCAGCCACCCGGAGCAAUGACCCUGUUGCUGUUGCUUUUGCAGAUAUGCUGAGAGUGAACAGAACUUUGAAGAGUUUAAAUGUGGAGUCCAACUUUAUUACUGGAGCUGGGAUUCUAGCGCUGCUCGAUGCUCUAAGAGACAACGAAACCCUGGCAGAGCUCAAGAUUGACAACCAGAGGCAGCAGUUGGGGACAGCUGUAGAAUUGGAAAUGGCCAAGAUGCUUGAGGAAAAUACAAAUAUCCUUAAAUUUGGGUAUCAGUUUACACAGCAGGGACCCCGAACCAGGGCAGCUAAUGCCAUAACAAAAAACAACGACUUGGUUCGCAAGAGACGAGUUGAAGGAGACCACCAGUAAAUCGGCCAGGAUAUAGUCUUUGGAAGACUUUAGUAGAUCACAAGGGCUCAUGUUAGUGAUACCAGAUGUAAAAUUUUCCUGGGUGGAAGGGAAAAGACUGGAAACUUUUUUUUUUUUUUUUUUUUUAAACUGUAUCUUUAUUCUAGUUUUAAGUUGUUACCAGUUUCAAAUAGUAAAAUCAAUAGCAGGUGAUCUUUUGUAUUUUGAAGAAUUAUUUCAGUUUUCUGCUAAAAUCACUUUUAAUUUAGCUAAACUGAAUAGCUUAUGAUGAAUCUUGGGUAAAAAUAUGCAAUUGUAAGAAAGUUUCAAAAGUCAUUUAUGUAGAAGAAUUUGAACAUUUUGAGGACCAAUCUUUUUUAAAUCAAAAAAGGACGUUGCUGAUAUCAGAACUGCUGUUUCUCCUUUUAGGUAUGAGGUACCUAAAAGCUUUUCUUCUAUCUAUGACUGGGAGAUUUUUCCAUUUUUUAAGAUACACGAACUUGGCAAGGAUGUUCUUUUCCUUGUAUCAGGAGAACAAAAUCCCAGGAUUUAGAGAAAAAAAAAAACCAUUGCCAUUGAGUUGAUUCCGACUCAUAGUGACCCUAUAGAACAGAGUAGAACCAUCCCAUAGGGUUUCCAAGACUGUAAUCUUUACAGAAGCAGACUGCCACAACUUUCUCCUGCAGAGCGGCUGGUAGGUUUGAGCCAUCAACCUUGCGGUUUGCAGCCAAGCGCUUAACCACUGUGCCAGAGGGCUGCUUGGAUUUUAAAACAGAUGACUUAAAUGUGGUCAUGUUUAAGAGCAAAAGCAGGCCUCCAGAGAGAGAAAACAGUCUUCAUUGCAGUCCGGGUCACUGUACUUACCUGAUAUGUCUCAGCAACAAAGUCAUUAGCUUUGCCAGGCUACAUACUUUGUUUAGAAGUAUGGUAAUCUCUAACUUUAUUGCAGUUUUUCACUUUGAUAAUGUGGGCAUUAUUAAAUUUUUAUGAAAGCUAAUAGUAAAAAGAAUCUGAGUAGAAAAGCUGUUUUCAUCCCUGUAAAAAGGCAUACAGCCAACUCGGUUAUUUAGGGUAAAAAAAGAAAGUUAUUAAACACAUCAAAUCAAAGAUAAUAAUAAACGUGAGAGAAUUUUCUGAGAAGCUUGCAAAACGGUCAUUGAAACUGAUGGUCACUGUAAGUAAAUGAGAAACUGGUGUGUGUGAGUUACUUCCUGUUGCACAGUGUAGUGAGAAUUUCCUACAUGUAGUGCACGAUUGCAGAAACAGUAUUUAAUCACUACAUCAAAGUUUCCAACCAGUAAAGAAAACUGCUCUUCUUCAUAAAUCUUAUUUUUAAUGUUUCCUUUCAACUGGUAUAUUUUUAUCCAUAUUGUGUAAAAGUAAUUCCUCAUAACAAAAGUAGUUUUCCUGUUGCUCAAAGUAUUAAAGUGAAUGGUUCAGCAGAGCACUGUGGUGGGGAGACCGGUGUGAGAGUCGAACCUGCACGUCAUGGAGGGUCUGGGCUUGUACCCAGGCCCCACCUCAGGGCGACCUUUGAAGCAGGAGAUGGCCGAGGCACUUACAGCUGAAGAAGACAGGGAGAAGAGGAGUCUGAGUAGCUCUGGCAUCAGAGAUUCAGGCCUGGCUGGAUCACUUACAGAGAGAUUUUUUUUAGAGAAUCUGGUUUUAGAGUAGGGGGCAGUGGUUUAUUGUAAUUUUUUUAUAACUUUCUGAAAUUGGGUUGGACAGUUUAUCUAAUGAGCAAGGCAGCUUCUUGUGCUCUCUGGGAAUACACCUUCUGAACAAGCUACAGCUUCCCUCUUCACAACCGUGAUGUGUGUGUUUGUUUGAAUCAGUAUCCAGUGUUUUAAAGGGACCGAAGGUUAAAUUUGUGCAGUUAACUUUCACAUAUAGACCACUGACUUUUUUUUUUUUUUCCAGUUAUCAAAGCUCUUUUUCUUUUUCAUGGACAACUUUUGAAUUGUACUUGAUCUUAGAGAUGACACAGUUCCAGAAGGGCUGGGAGUCAGACAUGGAGCAGGUCUGAGGACACCAGGCAGAGUUGUGCCUUACAUUCUUGGCCAGACUUCCUUGCUCACAGUGUCCUGUAACUCAUUAAAUUGAUAGGUAUGUCCCCGUACCACCCCCCAUACUUUUUUUUUUUAGUAUAGGUAGGUGGGACCCUACCUGAAACUUUCUAUCAUAUUUAUGGGAAAUAUCUUUUUUCAAAAUAUGAAGAAGUUGAGUAUUAUGUAAUUGAUGAAAACAUUUUUAAGUAACUUUAAAGAUAACAUUCAUUCAAUUAAAUAUAGAAAAUCUUCCCAGGAUUGUAAUUACAAAGCAGAAAAAUGGUGUUUACUUUGAUCUUUAAAAAUCUGAUACCUCUACCUUUUAGGAACUUUCAGUAUUUCUGUCUUGCUCUGAAAUUUUUUAACAGAAUAAAUAGAGUAUGCUUUUGAAAUAGUCUCGAUUAUUAAA